CUGCCGAUCCUGGUCGGCGGAACGGGGCUCUACCUGCGGGCGCUCCUCGCGGGGCUUGCGCCGGUGCCGGCGACGCCUGAGCCCGUGCGGGCGGCAGUGCGGGCGCUCUAUGAGCGGGAGGGCAGCGGCGGCCUCCACGCGCGGCUCGCCGCGCGCGAUCCCGAGGCGGCCCGCCGGCUCGAACCCGGCGACAGCCAGCGGGUGAUGCGGGCCUACGAGGUGAUCGAGGCGACCGGGCGCUCGCUCCUCUCGUGGCAGGCGGAGAAGCACGAGAGCUUCGGCGGCCGGGCCGCAACGCUCGUCCUCGAGCCGCCCCGGGCAGAGCUUUACGACGCCUGCAACACGCGCUUCGAGGGCAUGAUGGCGGCGGGCGCCCUCGACGAAGCGGCGCGCCUCAAGGCUCGCGGCCUCGACCCCGGCCUUCCGGUGAUGAAGGCGGUCGGUGUGCGUGCUCUGCACGAUUACCUGAGCGGCGUUACCUCCCUCGAGCGGGCGAUCGCGCUCGGCCGGCAGGAGACGCGCCGCUACGCCAAGCGCCAGACCACCUGGUUCCGCACCCAGAUGCCGGGCACAGCCCGCAUGCCGGACCGUUACCGCGCGGAAUCGAAACGGGAAUCUCUCGCCCUCGUGGAACGCCUGCUAUUGACCGGCGGGGGGUGA